GUUAGUUUUUGGUCCGAUGAUGGCAGAUAUACCUACGAAUUGUGCCGCAGGUUUGCGCAAAUCGAGCUGUGCACUAAUUUUGACACACUUUAGAGUGACAAAAGUGUGCAAUUUUCUGUUUGCACUUGGCCAGCCUCACGUAACGCCUGGCAAUGCAAAUUACAUGCCAUUGGCUUAUCAGCGUAUCCAUUAGCCGGCGAGAAGGGAGUGCAGGCAGCUGUAUCGACCGCACCGAUCCAACAUUGACACAGUUUUUAGGCAAUUGCACUCACCUAUUGCCGUCACCUAAUGUAAGACAAUAAACAUUUUCCGAGCCAUUUGGCGGGCCGGUAAAGCGGCCAGGGUUUAGUGGAAAAUUCCGCACUCUGUUUGGACAAUUGCCGGCGAGAACACACGCUCCCGGAAAACCCCAUUCCGCAUUUUGGUUCUGCGAAACCAUGCACUGCCAAUCGAUCUGUUGGCUUUUGGCCCUGGCCCUCUUCACUGCGCCGUCGGAGGCCCAGUUCUAUCCCAUGGCUGCUGCUGCUGCUGGCCCCGAUCUGGGUGCACUGCCCCGCCUGGUGGUCUACAACCCGCUCAGCGGUCAGCAGCUGGAGCCGCUGCGCUACGGAGCUGCCAGGCAACCGCCCGUCAAUGGGAACAUUGUGCAGCUGCCGCAGUUGUGGCAGCCGUGCUCCUGCACGGAGUUCGCCUGCCGCUGCUGCCUGGGCAUGACCUUGGGGCUUGGGGAGGGCCUCAAUCAGCGGCUUUGCGCCGCCCUCGAGUACAGCCGGGCGGACCUGGGAAUGCGACUCAGCGUGGAGCUAAACCAACGCACUGUGGCCAACUUUGGUUUCUCGGCCCGCAAUCCGCCGGACUACUGCAUGCCGUUGCUCCUGCCGCUGCCGCUCUUCAGCUGCCUGCGGCUCCACGACAUCCGGACCUUUGGGGAGGGCAACAUGCAGGUCUGCCUGUCGGUGGUCUUCAAGGUUUUGGCCAAUCAAUUCUUCGAGUACCGCUUCAAUUGCCUGCGCUUCGGCGUCAAUGGGGUGUUCUUCGUGCGCGACGCUCUGCAGGAUCAGGAGCAGGAUCAGGAUCAGAACCCUGCGGAACUGGUGUCGGAGCAGCUCAAUAACAAACUGGCCGAUGGCAGCAGCUUCAGUUCGUACGCCCAAUAGCACUUUCCUCCACUUCCCUCAAUCCCGCUGUUAUUCAUCAUGAUCCAUGCAUAUGCCGCCCGUCUAUUACAUGCUAAGUGAAAAAGUGAAAUUUUUGUUAAUUAAAAAGCCUUUUAUUCGAAGCCCCCGCCCUAGCAGCACCGGGCUCUAUGGAAAUGGCAAAAAUUGGCAGUAAAACUAUGGCUUAAAAUUUCUGUGAGCGAUGAUGCGACUGCCUCAGACCUCAAUGCACAUACAAACCUACAAACGGAUGUAAUCGUUCUUCGGGCCACUUUCGUUAACGAUCGCGCUGGGGCAAUUACUUUUCUGCCCGCCAUCCCAAAUGGGGAGUGGCAGGC